AUGGAUAAAUUCAAGUUGAGUUGUACCUUGAACGGUCACGAACAAGACGUAAGAAGUGUUAUUUCACCUUCAGAUGAUACGGUUAUUUCAGGGCUGAGAGAUGGUACGGUGAGAGUUUGGCAUGCAGAUGAAGCAAAAGGAUGGUCAACACCAGAUAUUACAGGGUUAUUGGCAUUCAAUUCACCAGAUAAUUCGUUUGUUAACAGUGUGACAUACGUUGAUAAUGGAGAUCAGCCACUUGUGGCUUCAGGAGGUAAGGAUUGCAUUAUAUAUUUGAGUGAUCUCAAGCCGGACGUAAAUGUGACAGGAGCUAUGCCGGAAGAAUACGUGAAGUAUCAAUUGGUUGGACACGAGAGUAAUGUGUGUUCCUUGCACCACCAGGGACAGUACUUGAUCUCGGGAUCGUGGGAUGCGACGUCGAAAGUAUGGGAUCUUGAGUCGAUGUCCGUGAAAUUCAAUUUGACGGGCCAUGAAUCAUCUGUUUGGGAUGCCAAAGUUGUCGAUGCAACAAACAAUGUAUUUUUGACUUGUUCGGCGGAUAGGACCAUACGUAAAUGGCUUGGAGAUCGGGAAAUUUGGAGUAUUCCUGGUCAUGGGGAUGUUAUCAGAAAAUUGCUUAUAUUGCCAGGGGGAAAGCAGUUUGCUUCUUGCUCUAAUGACUGUACGAUUAAAAUUUGGGAUUUGGAGACUGGUAGGGCCUUGCAAACGUUGACAGGACAUGACUCGUUUGUUUAUGAUCUUGGUAUAUUGCCUAAUGGUGACAUUGUUUCUUCUGCGGAAGACAGAACCGUUCGUGUUUGGAGAGAUGGCAAAGUGAUACAGGCAAUUACGUUGCCAUGUAUUUCUGUUUGGUGUUUAGGAGUUUUACCAAAUGGCGAUUUUGUUGCAGGUGGCUCAGAUAAUAAAUUAAGAAUCUUUUCAAGAGAUUCUUCCAGGAUAGCUCCUCCUGAAGAAUUGAAAGAGUUUGCAGAGGCAGUUCAACAAUCAAGUAUUGCGGAACAAUCUGUAGAUGACUUGAAGAAGACAGAUAUUCCUGGAUAUGAUGCAUUGCUCCAACCAGGAAAACAAGAGGGUUCUACCAUAAUGGUCAAAAACCCAAACGGAACUAUCGAAGCUCACCAGUGGUCUGGCGGUGAAUGGGUUAAAAUCGGUGAUGUUGUUGGAUCUGCAGGAAAUUCAGGUGGCAAACAAGAGUUUGGUGGUAAGCAAUGGGAUUACGUCUUCGAUGUAGAUAUUGAAGAAGGGGCUCCUCCAUUGAAAUUGCCUUAUAAUACCAAUGAGAAUGCUUAUGCUGCAGCCGAAAGAUUUUUAUCUGUGAAUGAAUUACCUUCGACCUAUACAGAAGAAGUUGUCAGAUUUAUUAUGAAGAAUACAGGUGGAGUUGAAUUGGGCCAGCUGACUAGCGCUAGUGAUAAUCCAUACGCGGAUAAACAUCCAACACCUCCAGCUGCUCAAGUAACUGCAAACUUGACGGUCAUUCCCCAAAAACAAUAUAUUUUCUUCAAGGACUUCAAAAGCGAUCAAUUGGUUAAGGGUUUAACGAAAUUCAACGAAGAGCAAACAGCAGAGAAUAAGUUCUCAAGCGAAGAAAUAUCACAAGUUACGUCAAAUUUAAGCGUAUUAAACUCCAAGGAAGCAUUGGAAUUAAUUACCAUUUAUCUUCCAAAAAUUUUCAAUAAAUGGUCCGAGAAAUCACGUCUUAUUGGAUAUGAUAUAUUGAGAAUUAGUAUUCCUCGUGUCACAACAGCUGAUUUGUUAAGGUCUACAGAUGCAGCAGAAAUAAUUUUGAAUGCUGUGAACUCUGGAUUAAAAAUUGUAAAUGGUUCCAACUUACCUCUUUUUAUGAUGCUUUUGAAGGUUCUCAAUAAUCUAGUAAACAACACCUUAUUCAUUCAGUUAUAUAUAACGACAAACGAUAAUGGCCUUGUUUUCUAUAAUGAAUUCUUUGAAGAAAUGUUGGUCAGAUUGACUAAAUUGAUCACUUCUGUUUCGAAAGAUUCUGCUGCUUUACAGAGUAAGCAUUUCAGCACCACUGUUACUACCUUGGCUACAUUUGUAUACAACUUGUCUGUAUACCAACUGCAGAAUACUUCAUUAAAGUCGAACCCAGCUAGUGCAAAACCAAUAUUAGAUUUUGCCACUCAAGUUGGAGAAAUAUUGGUGGAAUCAAGUUCUGAAGCUGCCUAUAGACUAGUAAUUGGAUACGGUAAUUACAAAUACGCCAAAGCAGCUGUUGCCUCUCCAAAAUGGCUUGCAACUGUUAAAGAGCUCUAUGUUACUAAGCACCCCGAACAAAGAUUCGCUGACUUAGCAAGCGAUAUACAAAAGUUAUAA